UCAGUUUCUCUUCACUCUCUCAAUGAUGGGUUCUGUCUCUCUUCAUACAGUAGCAGUUCUCUGCCUUAUCUCCUCUAUAAAUGGAUUUUGGGUUUGGAACAGACCAACGGAGCGUCCUCCAAAUGAGAUACAAACACCAGUCAUAAUUGGUAAUUAAGAAUUGUUAAUUUUACAAUCUAUAGCCAUUCUUAAGGCCAAUUUAGAUAUCAGGGAACAAGCGAUCAAGAAUCCUUCUAGAGUUUGACAGAAAAUCUCCAAUCUCCCCUCUUGGCUUCAGAAAAGAUAUCGUUUCGUCGGAUUUUGCUUCAUAGUUAGGCUUUUGCUGGGCCCUUUCAAGCCUCCAUAAUUAACAAAUAGCGCGCAAUUUAUUUUACAUGCAAAUUACGUAACUGUCCAUAAUUUUGCUCUGUUUCGGUUUUGCAUAUAUUUGAUUUUUUUUUUCUGAGAAUCGAAAUGAGCAUGAUUAAAAGCGAAAAUCCUGAUAUUUAUAUUAACGAGAUUCUAAAAUAAGUAUGAACGAAUACAGUUUUCUGUGAUGGUCGGUCAACGGAAUAAACACGCAACUGCAAGUAUAAGUUGAAACGUGAUCUCAUGUAGACGUCACGCAUCAUCGAGGAAGUUUUUGUGCAACAAGCAAAUUUACCUUUGACAGCAAGGAAACAACAAUGGCCUCACAAAAGGUAGUCAAAAAACGCAAAUUACCGGUUUCUUUUGAUAGAGAAUCGCCCGAUAAAAAUUAAAGUAACUACUACCAAUCUGGCCUUAUCUAUUGUAGAAGGAAGACUCCUCCGGGAUCCCGCUUCGUUUUUACCGGGAUCCCGCUUCGUUUUUACCGGGAUUCCCGCCUUGUCCAUGAUAUUUAAGUCGUUCAUUUUGACCAAAAAGCUUUCAAUCAAACCACACCCACCAGGGUAGAGACAGUGAUACCUUGAUGUAUGAUUUGAUUUUGUUUCUCUCGUCAGUGCCUGGAACCGGUGGAAGCCAACUUCAAGCCAAACUUAAUAAACCAAACACUCUUCAUUGGUACUGCUCCAAAACAACCGAUGACUACUUCACAUUGUGGCUAAAGAAGUCCUCGCUCUUACCCUUUGCUAUAGACUGCUGGGCGGAUAAUAUGAGGUGGUAAAAACCUUUCACUGUGGCUCAAAAUCGUUUUAAAUAACCUUUCGUAGCUCACUGACGAAGAAAAUUAUUAUGUUAUUGGAGGGCAAGUCAAUAUUAAAAGGCAACUUGAUUAUCAGUGGUUUAUUGAUUCGGUUUGUUGUCAUUUGGCACAAUAUUCUCUCUUUUCCUCAACCCUACUUCUGUUCGACAAUGUCCUGUGGUCAUGCAUCAUGUCUAUCAAAGAUUGCGUGACCCAAUCUAGGGAAGUAUCUCAUUUGAGUGGACCAAAUAAAAAUGGCUUUGCUAUCAAAAUACGAAAAUGUACAAAUAUCUUUAGGGUUUGCAGAGUAGAAUGAAUACAAUCAUAAUUCUAAUCUCGUUGUUUUCUUUGUUUUCUGACAAUAAUUAGACUUGUGUACGAUGAAAGCACUAAGACCAUGAAGAAUGCGCCGGGCGUGGAAACAAGAGUUCCCGGAUUUGGUGAGACCAGUACAAUCGAAUACUUGGACACGACCGGAUUGAUUAAGUAUUUUGCGCCAAUGGUAGAGACCUUGGUCUCUUGGGGAUACCAGCGUGGGGAGACUGUCAGAGCGGCUCCAUAUGACUUCCGCUAUGGGCCUGGUAAGUUGCACGUGAACAGUGCUUGUUGAACAUAUACACUCUAGUUGCUUGUUGAGAAUUUACUCUCGUCCCCAUAACUGCUCGGCUCUAUCAUCCGAAAAGGCCUUGGUACCACAAAUCGAACGAAUCCCUCUGCUAAAUAGAUAUUUUCAAUUUUUCCUCCAGAAUCACAGUCAGAAUAUUUUUCAAAACUGAAGACAUUGAUCGAGGAUACAUAUUCAGCUAAUGGUAACAAGAAGAUAACUUUGAUGAGUCAUAGUUUAGGAUGUCCGUAUACUUUGGUUUUCCUGAACAAACAAACGCAAGACUGGAAGGAUAGAUAUAUUUUACAAUGGAUAACUCUUUCAGGUAAGAAAAAGAAUAAAAGCGAUUUGAGCUUUGAAGCCCAUAGCUCGUGUUAAGAGACAUUUUUAGCUAUGUGUCUGCAUCGGAUGUUUGUAUUGGUUUUGCUCUACUAAGUUUCGAAAAUUUCUUGUCACGUUUUUACCUAUCAGAUGGAAAACUGAGACCCGUGCUCAGGAAUUGAGUUUGUUUAUUCUGUGCCACAGUUUUAUCAGACAUGCUCACGCAAAAGUGCGCAAAACAUCGUAUUAUUUGCAAACUACGUUUUCUUCUUUUUUUCUUCUAAGGAGUGUGGGGCGGGACUGCAGAGCAAAUUAGCUUGUUUUCUUCCGGAAACACGUUCGGGAUCCCGAAGAUCCUCGUGAAUCCGUUGAAAGUCAGAGGCGAACAGCGCACGGAUACAAGUAACGUUUAUCUGCUCCCAAGUCGAGAAUUAUGGUCUGCGGAUGAAGUCUUGGCGAUAACUCCAGAGCGUAACUACACUGUCAAAGACUACGACGGUUUCUUCCAAGAUAUUGACUUCCCACUCGGGAUAAAACUACGAAAAUUAGUCGAAAACAUCACAUAUCCGUUAACAGAGCAUUCUCCGAAAGUAAUUGUUCACUGUUUGUAUGGAACUGGGGUAAAAACAGGAGAGAGGUACCAGUUCAAAGAAGGAGAAUUUCCGGAUACUCAGCCAGAUGUUAUCUAUGGUGACGGGGAUGGAACAGUGAAUAGACGCAGUCUAGAGGCCUGCAAUAAGUGGAACCAGCGGCAGCCGAAUAAUGUCACCGUGAAAACAUAUCCAGGAGUGAAUCAUAAUGGAUUGUUGAGCGACGAGAACGUGCAGAAUUAUAUAAAGGCUCUCUUGUUUUAAUUGUAAACUGUGGCUUUCAAAGAUCCAAAUCACAACUUGAAAUUAAACAGGUAAUUUAGUGUUAACAACUGGGUUGAAAACGUAAAUUAGCCACCGUAAAGGGUAAAAAAGCUGACGUUUCGAGCGUUAGCCCUUCGUCAGAGCGAUAAUCGCUCUGACGAAGGGCUAACGCUAACGCUCGAAACGUCAGCUUUUUUACCCUUUACGGUGGCUAAUUUACGUUUUCAACCCAGUUGUUAACACUAAAUUACCUGCUAUACUCUCCCACCGACGCAGCACCACAGUUUCUUUAGAAACUUACCCCUUUAUUCAUUUGAAAUUAAACGGUUUGGCUCUUUUUUCUAUUUUGAUCUUCCAAGUUGUCGUUUUUUCCUUCUCUUUUUCUUUUUUUUUUUCUAUUACUUAUUUUUCCUAAUGACCAUAAACAAAAGAUUUUCUUUAAUCAUUUAACCCCUAAGGGUGACGAGCAUCGAAUUUCUCAUAAGGAUACCCCUGCUGGAUUAAAUAACAGGCUUAAGAGAAUAAAGGAAUUGAUCGCAACUUUAAAAAUCUCUUGAUUUCUCGCCUUGUCAGUGCCAUGGGAAAUGCAGAAAGAACAGUAUGGGGAAUACACAUGCUGAUCUCAGGGUGAUUUCCCUAACUAAACUUUCGCCCCAUAAACGGCUACAAGGAACUGGCCGACGGGCCGCAGACCCAUAGAUAUUGACAGAGCCUCUGAAGGACUACUCGCUGGUGCCGACGGUUUUCCAUUCCGAGCCGGUUUGAAGGCUCCCCUCUCCAGAGAAAAAGCGGUUUUUGGACCCUGGCCGCGCGGGGGUUAAAGAUUACAACUGUUUACUUUAUUUCUUUCCGAGCCAUGGGCUAACAUCUACUCGCUGCAGUGCUGAGAAGACUUUAGAUUGGCAGAGGCUGUCAUGAGAGUUGUAACAAUUUUACGUCUCAAAACAAUUGUCACACAAUGAUUGUUAUGAAAGGAAAUAAAGCUGCCUGUAAAGGUGUGCUGCUCUCAACAC